UCAUCAGCGAGCGCCGUGCGGCGGGUAUAGUCUGCGUAAAAAAAGGAGGCUAUUAUAUUUUCAGUUUUCAAAGGUGUAUUUUCAGUUCGGAAAACUGGGAUACUUAAAAACUCGUUACCGCUGAAUUGUUUCAAUACGCCGCCCAACGCGUGUGGUCCAGCGUUUAAAGAAACGGGCUUGCAACCAGGAGCUUCAAAUCCCAGCCCGGCCACUGACUCGCGGUGUGCCCCCGAGUGAACCUUCUGGGGCUCCGUCUUUCGGCGAACCUGCUCGCAAUUCCCUGGCAUAAGGAUGAACCCGUGGGACACUCAGGCGCCGCAGACCGGGGUCGCGCAGGUCAUGGCGAGGUGUGUCGCUGCAGGUGUACUGUCUCAGGAGACCUUGGACUCGAUCCCAAAGGAUCCCGACCUCUUCUCUCCUCAGCUGCAGCAGGCUGAGCAGAUUGCAGCUCUGAGGAGAGAGAUCGACCAGAAAAGCCUGGAGGUGGAGCUGCUGAGGCUGGAGAGGGAAGGAGCUGAUGUCACGCAUCCAUUCCACCUGGCCCAGAAGUUUGAGGCGCUACAGCAGUUCACCUCCCACCUGCAGGGGGUGCUGCGUGAGCAGAGGAGCCUGCGGCAGAGACUCAUGAAGCCGCUGUGCCAGCAGAACCUGCCCGUGGAAGCCAGCCUGCACAGGUACAUCGUGGAGAUGCUAGGCCUGGCCAUCGACUUCAUCGAGAGGCUGGAGAGCAGCGUGCGGGCCAAGCGCUUUGCCCCUUCUGUGGGACAGUCAGUAACCACCCUGGAAAAUUGUCUGGCCCGGCUGCUCUCCAUGGUUAGUGAGAUGGAGGAGCUCUCUGAACAAGUUCUGCAGUGGAGGGGGGUCCAGGCCAGCCCCCCAGCGCUACUGACGCCAGGAAGGGUCGUGAAAAAGCACAGCUGAAUCGUUCAUACAACUUCAUACAACUUUAAAACAGUCUUAAGCAUGUGUAACAAAGUAGCUUAAAUUGCAUCGUAAGUUGCCUGGUGUUUAAUGGGCUUCAGCUUCAGGAAACGGGACACUAUUUUCAGGCAACUUUUCUUUGUUGAAACUAUUUGUAUUGGAGGUUUUCCAGCACUCUCCUCGGUUUGCAAAGCUCAAGGAACACAAUCUAAACUUCCUUGAUCUGAGCCACUUGUCACCGACUAGAUGCUUCAGCAGUUACCUGGUGUUACAUUGCAUUUAAGUGGAUAUUAACAAGACUUUAUAAAAGCAUUUCUUUUUCAUGCCUAGUCUUAGCGUAAAGUUCUUGCAAGUCUCUAUUUUUGUAUUCUAGGGAGUGGGCUUGAUAUGGUAGUAGGAAGAAUUGGUUUCUGCUGAAUGUGAAUGUUUGCAGAACGAGCUGCAAUGUAUUUUUAUUUAAUAAAACUCUUUUAGAUUUGG